ACAGCUCAGAGGGGCGAGGGGGAGCACAGCGGGGCAGAGACAGGGACAGAGGGUGUGAGGGGAAACAGUGGAGCAGCAACCAAAAUGGCCAGCAAAGUGAUGGACCUGAUCUACUGGAAGGACACAGAGCGAACAGGCAUGGUGCUAACAGGGUUAGUAGUGGGCCUGCUGUCCCUGUUCCAGCUCAGCAUCAUCACUGUGGUCUCCACAGUCUCCCUGGCUGUCAUGUGCUUCACCAUCUCUGUGCGCAUCUACUACAAAGUCCUCUACAUCCUCAGCUGGGGUGAUGGAGAACACCCCUUCAAGUCAUACCUGGACCUGGACAUCAGUUUGAGUGGAGAGCAGGCUGACCACCACAUGCAGAAAGCCAUCGUUAUGAUUCUGUCUGCUAUUGACAGUCUGAAGAAACUCUUUUUUGUCGGAAACCUCUUUGAAUCUUUAAAGUUCCUGGUUCUGAUGUACCUUGUGACAUAUCUGGGAGACCUGUGCAAUGGCCUUACUCUGCUCAUCAUCAGUGUGAUUGCUGUCUUUUCUCUGCCACUUUUCUACAGACAACGUCAGGAGCAGGUAGACAGCUUCAUUGCAAAAAUCCAGGCCAAAAUCAACAACGUCAAGGACAUUCUGCAAAGACUCGCCCAGGGUGGUGGCCCUCCUCCUGACCCGACUCCCGGUGGCGCCAAACCCAAAACCCAGUAAACACUCAUGGACAAGAACUGAAAGAGAAGCUACCAGAGUUACAGGCUGUCACUCAGAUGUCUUACCCAGCAGUCUGCGCUCAGAGCUCCAGAGACUGGGGAAGGGAUGGGACGUUAUAUAAACAGACGACAAUGAUGGGGAUUACGCAUGGUACUUAACACGCUAACUGUAUCUAAGUUAUGGGGUUAAGAGGUAAGGGUUGGGUUAAUUCUUAAUAAACGGUGAAAUCAAGGUGUAUGAAUGCAGGAUGAGACUGUUGCUGCUCACGUCAGAGACGGAAAGAUUCAACGAUGCAUCUUGUCAUGUGUGACCACCUUUGGAAAUGUUCACUGUUUUUAAUAUCUAAAAAUGACUUGUGAAGUAUUAGUUGAAAGCUGUAGUCCAAAUGAGGUACUAAUGACCAGAUAUUACCACACCGACAGCUACACACCUGAGAAAAGGGAACUUAGUUAUUAAGGUAAUUUAUGUGAGAGGACAAAAAAAAGACAGGGGUCAUCAUUAUUCAUGGCAGCAUACAAUUGGCAAUUUGGAUGCAUGUGUCUAUGCGACUGCACAUGUACAUUUCUGAAUGCAUAUUCAUUCUCAUGACUGUUUUAUCUGUGUGCGUGCAAGUAUGAGACGAGUGUGUGAGUGUGCGUGUAAUUCCUGACACACAGCUUCGCAGAAAUGAAACUGUUACCUACAAGCAAUUAAAGUCACAUUUCUUCUUUA